CUAUAAAUGCAAGGCGCCAUCUGCCCUCCCAAAAGCUGAAACAACAUAAGAACAAUCGUCGUACAACAUGGCCAAGUGCUGCACAAAAGUCUGUGUGACAGGAGGUUCUGGAUAUAUUGGUUCCUGGCUCGUCAUGAAGCUGCUGGGGAAAGGCUAUACUGUCCAUGUAACAUUGAGAAGUUUGGGGGACAAAUCCAAAGUAGGCCUCCUCAAGUCCCUACCAAACGCAGACACCAACUUAGUACUGUUCCAAGCUGAUAUAUACAAUCCGAAUGAGUUUGAAGAAGCAAUUCAAGGGUGUGAAUUUGUUUUCCAUGUUGCCACUCCAAUGCAACAUGAUCCCAAAAGCAUUCAGUACAAAGACAGAGUGGAAGCAACCAUUGCUGGAGUGAGGGCUAUAGCUGAUAUUUGCGUCAAAUCACGAACUGUUAAGCGUCUCAUCUACACCGCAUCUGUGGUGGCAGCAUCACCAUUGAAUGAAGAUGGAAGUGGCUAUAAAUCUUGCACGGAUGAAUCCUGUUGGACUCCUUCUGAUCUAUCACUCACUUAUGCCAAUGAUUAUGUUCUGGAAUAUACAAGUGCAAAAACAUUAGCAGAGAAAGAGGUUUUGAGUUAUAAUGAAAUUGGGGAUGCUAAACUUGAAGUGGUGACUCUUGCUUGUGGUCUAGUAGGAGGAGAGACUAUACUUUCCCAUCUGCCUUUGAGUGUACAAGUGAUUUUUGCACAGAUUUCGGGCAACAUAUUUGGCUACUAUCAAGGUUUGAAGUUCUUGGAAGAGCUUUUGGGUUCAGUUCCUCUUGUUCACAUUGAUGAUGUUUGUGACGCACAUAUAUUUUGCAUGGAAAAGCCAUCAAUGAAAGGUAGAUUCCUCUGUUCAGCUGCCGAUCCAACUGUCAAAGAAAUUAAAACUCACCUUGAAGAAAACCAUCCAGAAUUCAUGAUAGAAGAAAAAUUCAGGGAAGAACCAGAGACCAGAGGAAUCAAAUGUGAUUCAUCAAAGUUGAUCAAGAUGGGCUUUGAGUAUAAAUAUGACAUGAGAAAGAUCAUUGAUGAUAGCUUGGAAUGUGGAAAAAGGAUGGGAGCUCUCAGCUCUCCAAUUAGUUAAUCAGAUUCAGAACUCAAACACAUAAAUAAUUUGUAGUUCUCUUUUUUCGUUCAGGCAUUAAAUUUGCAGUUUGAUGUGGUAACUUUUUAUUA